UGUAUAUUUCCAAUGGUAACAUUUUGCUUUACAAUUAAGAAGCGUUUAAUGUAAGAAAUGAUCCCUUUUGAAGUGGUUUGAGGUUUCUCUACACAGGUGUUGUACCGAUUUCCUGACUGCCUUUGUUCAACUUUCUUUACUUUCUCCGUCAUGACCUUUUUUUGAACUGUGUUCUUACUUCUAAAGUAGUUUGUAUGCAAUUAUGGAUUCUUCAUUUUAGUUUGCAACUGAAUAAUCCUCUUAGAAACAGGGGAAAUGGGAGGGUCCACUUUGAGUGUUGCUAAGGCACUUUGUGAGCUUCAGUUGGAAUUGCACCAGCAGUCUUCAAGUUUUGAGGUUGUUGAAAUUGGAAGAAAAACAUGAUGCAGAACUAAAGUAGAAGCUAAGGGUGUGGAUUUCUUAAUUAUUGAACCCUUCUUCCAAUCCACAAGGGUUAAGUGAAAAGGAUGCUGUGUUUGUCAGACAGUGAGGAGAAGAAGGUGAAUGAGUUUCAAAAGAUUGUUGAAGCAAUUAAAGUAGAAGAAGUAGAAUGCUUGAGGAGGUUCAGUGGGAAAGUGUUCAGAUCCCCAACUUUGUUUGAGGAUAUGGUUAAAUGCAUUCUCCUUUGUAACUACCAGAAUGUCACACCUAUACCUCUUUCUCUUAUUACUGUACUGCAUAUUUCUUAAUCAGUCAUUGAAUAAUCAUCCUUGGCAUGGCUUCAUUUUGCCACUAGAAUCCAUCUGGUGGCUUAUGGCUUUCAAAAUGGACAGCAGGGGAAACAGGAUGAGUGAGCAAGGGAAUCAAUUGGGUUAGCUAGUGUUCAUAAUCAACAAGAAGGCAGAAAGGAGAAGACAAUAGAGAGAGGAAAUCUGGCAACUAAACUUGCUAGAACUUCAGUCAACUCUCACAUGUAGAAGAACUAGAAAAAGAAAUUAAGGUGUUAGACUAAGGCUACUGAAGUAACAAGAGUUUAGAAGUGGGUUCAUGGUCUUAUCAAGCAAAGAGUGUGAGCUUCAACUAAAUAAGCCUAUGGCAAAUUCCACACAGCAACAAGGGAGUGGGGGAGGAGGGAAAGCUUGGAGGGAGAUGCUAUGCCAGGAUUAUGAUAUGAUAAAUGGAAAAGAGUCAAGAGUGAGUAUUUACUUGUUGAUGGAAUAUGACUUACUUGAGUUCAAGUCAAGGGGCGGCUCAUGGUUAUAACUCAUAAUGUAAGAGGAGUGCUUCCUAGUUCCAAAUAUGUUUAUGCCAUCCUUCAAAAAAUUAUUGAAAUUAAUUAUUAGGAGUUGGGACCAUGUUUGUUAAAGCAUUUAGAUGAGUGGCGAAGAUCUGGAGUAUUAGCAUUUUCUGAAGGACAGAGCAUUUUGACCUGGAUUGGCACAACUAAAGGUGGAAAGGGAACUAUGUAUGAGGGUUUUUCAUACAAACUUUCCCUGUGAUUCCCAUUGGACUUCCCUUUCAAGCCACCUCAAGUGAGGUUUGAAGCCAUGAGCUUCCAUCCAAAUGUUGAUCAGUUUGGGAACAUUUGCCUUGAUAUUCUUCAGGUAUCAAAUUAAGCAAGUAUAUUGGUUUUCAGUUAAACCAUUUGCUCUUAACAACAUGAGAAUAAGAUUGGGAAAAGAAACCUCUACUUGCUUCUGUUAUAUUAAAGUGUUUGAACCUAUUGCCUUGGCGGAUAUUAGAAUUGUAACAUAUUUUUAUUUUUCAUAGCGUGGCUUUACUACUGAACCAAGGGAUCAUUGGACAAAUGGUCUUCUGCUUAUGGUUGCCAAACCAUUCUAUUGUCCUUUCAAAAUCUAAUGAGGAGUUCUGGUUUCUCUUCCUUUAAUAUUUAAGUCAAGACACUGGUAAAAUAUCUCUCUAAAUUAACCAAGAACUAUUGUUGCAUGCAAAGCUAAUCCCAAUAGUAUCCUCAACAGCUAUGCUGCAAAACAAUGGAGCAAUAAAGAAGGUUGAAGAUUGAACCCUGUUAUUUCCCAUAUCAUAUUUAAUCCUCAUUGCUGUUAUUUAUUGCGUUUGAAGAUUAAGUUUCAAAGUUUAAUGUUCCUAGGUUGACAGCUGUUUAUUGACCUAAACUAGGUAUUAUGUACUAUGUAUAUGCAUUAAACUUUAAGGAAUUUG